CAGGCAGCGAGAAGUCAACAUGUCGUUGGAUGUUACUCAAAUACUCUUGAGCGCACAGUCUCCUGAUGGCUCGGUUAGGAAGCAUGCUGAAGAAAGCCUCAAGCAGUUUCAGGAGCAAAACCUCCCAAGUUUCUUGCUCUCCCUAUCAAGUGAGUUGGCCAACAAUGAAAAACCGGAGGAGAGCCGCAGGUUGGCUGGUCUGAUCCUCAAGAAUGCGCUGGAUGCAAAGGAGCAGCACAGGAAGAACGAACUUUUCCAGAGAUGGCUGGCACUGGAUGCUGGUGUCAAGGGACAAAUUAAAGCACUGCUGCUGCAAACUCUCUCAUCUCCUGUUGCCAGUGCCAGAUCUACGUCUUCUCAAGUCAUUGCCAAGAUUGCUGGCAUUGAGAUCCCCCAGAAGCUAUGGCCUGAGCUGAUAGCAUCAUUGCUCUCCAACAUACAUCAGGUGCAGCCAAACGUCAAGCAGGCGACGCUGGAGACACUUGGUUAUUUAUGUGAGGAAGUUUCUCCGGAAGCUGUUGACCAGGACCAGGUCAACAAGAUACUUACCGCUGUUGUUCAGGGUAUGAAUGCUUCUGAAGGGAACUCCGAAGUGAGGCUUGCAGCCACACGAGCAUUGUACAAUGCAUUGGGCUUUGCUCAGGUUAACUUCUCCAAUGAUAUGGAGCGCGAUUAUAUUAUGAGAGUUGUUUGUGAAGCAACACAGUCACCAGAGAUGAAGAUAAGACAGGCCGCCUUUGAGUGUUUGGUGGCUAUUUCGUCUACUUAUUACGAUAAGCUGGCCACAUACAUGCAGGACAUAUUUAAUAUCACUGCAAAGGCUGUGAGGGGAGACGAGGAGUCAGUUGCACUUCAGGCUAUUGAAUUCUGGAGUUCCAUAUGUGAUGAGGAAAUUGACAUAUUGGAUGAGUACAGUAGCGAGUUUACAGCUGAUUCUGAUGUUCCUUGCUACUAUUUUAUCAAGCAAGCUCUUCCUGCCUUAGUGCCCAUGCUGCUGGAGACUCUCCUCAAGCAGGAAGACGACCAAGACUUGGAUGAAGGUGCUUGGAAUCUUGCAAUGGCUGGGGGUACUUGUUUAGGCCUGGUGGCAAGGACUGUUGGGGAUGAUAUUGUUCCUCUUGUAAUGCCUUUUGUUGAGGAGAAUAUAACGAAAUCUGAAUGGAGGCAGAGAGAGGCUGCAACAUAUGCUUUUGGAUCCAUUUUGGAGGGUCCAUCAGCUGAUAAACUGACCCCUCUAGUUAAUGUCGCCUUGAAUUUUAUGCUGUCUGCAUUGGUAAAAGACCCAAAUAACCAUGUCAAGGACACAACUGCUUGGACCCUCGGAAGAAUAUUCGAGUUUCUUCAUGGUUCUGCACUUGAAACAGCUCCUGUCAUUACAUCUGAGAACUGCCAUCAAAUACUUACUGUGCUGCUUCAAAGCAUGAAGGAUGUCCCAAAUGUGGCAGAAAAGGCAUGUGGGGCACUCUAUUUCCUUGCUCAAGGCUAUGUGGAUGCUGGAUCAGCAUCGCCAUUAACCCCUUUCUUUCAAGAUAUUGUUCAGGCCCUUCUUGUGACCAGUCACAGAGAGGAUGCUGGAGAAUCCAGGCUUCGUACUGCAGCUUAUGAGACUCUAAACGAAGUUGUCAGGUGCUCCACUGAGGAGACAGCUCCUAUUGUUAUGCAGCUGGUACCUGUGAUUAUGAUGGAACUCCACCAGACACUUGAAGCAGGAAAGUUGUCAACUGAUGAGAAGGAGAAGCGGAGCGAUCUGCAGGGUCUUCUUUGUGGUUGUUUGCAGGUCAUUAUCCAGAAGUUGGGAGGGAUGGAGUCAACAAAGUUUGCCUUCUUACAGUAUGCGGAUCAGAUGAUGGAUCUGUUUCUGAGAGUUUUUGCUUGUCGGAAUGCCACAGUGCAUGAGGAGGCAAUGCUUUCUAUUGGUGCAUUGGCAUAUGCAGCCGGUUCGAAUUUCGCAAAGUACAUGGCACAGUUCUAUCAGUAUUUGGAAAUGGGACUUCAGAACUUUGAAGAGUAUCAGGUAUGCGCCAUUACGGUAGGCGUUGUGGGUGACCUGUGCAGGGCACUGGAGGACAAAAUUUUGCCCUACUGUGACGGCAUCAUGACCCAGCUACUGAAGGAUCUAUCCAGCAAUCAGCUGCACAGAUCUGUAAAACCACCUAUAUUCUCAUGCUUUGGUGAUAUUGCACUUGCAAUUGGGGAGAACUUUGAGAAGUAUUUGAUCUAUGCCAUGCCCAUGCUACAAAGUGCAGCAGAUCUAUCAGCGCAUGCAAAUGCAGCUGAUGAUGAAAUGCUCGACUACACCAAUCAAUUAAGGAAUGGCAUCUUGGAGGCCUACUCUGGUAUUCUUCAAGGAUUCAAGAGUUCGCCUAAGACACAAUUACUGAUGCCGUAUGCUCCACAUAUUCUUCAGUUCCUUGACGCUCUUUAUAAUGGCAAGGAUAUGGAUGAUUCUGUGAUGAAGACUGCAAUAGGUGUCUUGGGGGAUCUGGCAGACACAUUGGGUGUCCAUGCUGGUCCUUUGAUAAAUCAGUCCACCUCAAGCAAGCAAUUUUUGGAUGAGUGCUUAUCAUCCGAUGAUCCAUUGGUCAAAGAAUCAGCUGACUGGGCAAGGAUUGCAAUCAGCCGUGCGGUUUCAGGUUGAUGUGUCAUUGGUCUCGAGUCUGCACCUGCAUCCAUCCACGCGUCGAGUCCAGGUCUUCGGUUGCAUCAUGGUCUAGACCUGCUCUUUGGAGAAGUCCACAAUCCUCAAGGCAGAGUCGGAGGUCCUCACUAACUCAUGCAUACAUGUGUCAACCCAGCCUUUUUCACUUCUGCGGAAAAGAGGGUUAAGUUGGCCGCCUGCUAACUUUUCUAAAGGAGCCCAGAACCC